AUGGAAUCUCAAACUGCCGUUGAAGAACAGCAGCAUUCUGUUGUUAUUGAAACACCUCCUACGACUGCUGACAGUUCUGAAGCUACAGUUGCUGAGGCUGCCACUGUUGAGGCAGAUGCACGUGAGAAGCAGAAUACUGCAGCCGUUCCAAAACGUCUGCCUACCAAAGCGGACUUUCCUCCAUUGAGUUCUGUUGUAUAUGAAGCACCAAAGAUAAGCUGGGGUCCUAAUAUGAAAAAGCCUGAAUCGUCUUCUGGCUCGCCUUCUCCUUCGCCAGUUUCUGUUGUGGGAGCCGCUAAGCCGAUGCGGUCGAAGACUGUGCAGGAGGUGUUUUCGUUAGAUCUGCAAACACAGCUCACGAUUGCCAAGUCUGAGUUUUCCAAGUUUGUGAUGUCUGUGAAACAGUCCCACUCUGUGUCUAUCGAAUCUACUCUGUCCAAGCUUUCUCGUACAUUUUUGAUUUCUGGUUCGCCUACUAAUGUGUACAACGCAAAACGCGAGUUAGUCAAAAAGUUAACUAUGCCCGUUACUCAGUCACUUAUGGUUCCAUCCAAGACGGUUUCAGCUAUAAUUGGACCAGGUGGUAAGAUGAUCAAGGCUAUAACAAAUGCUGCAGGGGGCAUUAAGAUCGAAGUUUGCAAGUCUACUGAGGAGAGCGCAUAUGAUCCAGAUCUCGAGGACUAUUUGAACGCUGUGACUUUGCAUGGUGAUGUGGCAUCUGUGAACUUUGCUAAGGACAAAAUUCUGAAUAUUGUCAAGGAGCAUACCAAGAAUGCUACAUUAACUGUUUCUGUUGAAGAUGAGAAAUUGAUUCCAUUUUUUUCACUGACAGGAAUUGAGAUUUCUGAUGAAGUUACAGUGAAGCCUUUUACAGUAGAUUCGAAUAAGAUUAUUUUGACUGGUCCUACGGAAGAGGCAAGAGCAGCUAAGCUCGCUGUGCAGAAUUAUUUAAGCACUUUAUCCAAUGAACUUAGGGAGAAAAAGGUUUCGAUUCCAGUAAAAUUCCAACCGUUGGUCAAUGCAGAUGAAAUUAAAGAAAUGUAUCAGGUUAACGUAAUUUUCCCAACUAAUCCUGAUGAAGAGACCGUCUCCUUUUUCGGGUUAUAUUCCAAUAUCGAUGAAGCUAUUGCAUAUGCUAGAAAUUCUUCUAAGUUAUACGUGGUGGAGUCGUUAGAAAUUUCUAAAGCUCAUGGGAAGAACGUGAAUCAUGCUAGGAAUUUGAUACUAUAUUUCCAUAAGUACCAUUGCUUAAAGGAAAUUGAACAGCGUUUUGAAAACGUCAAGAUAGUUCUGCCAUCACUGCAAGAGUUACCAAAGAUGGAACAAGUUUGUAUAAAUGUCAUCUCCAAGUCUGACUAUGUUGAGGAAACCAAAACAGUGCGUAAGCAAAUUAUAACCCUUGUUAACGAGUUAAGUCCUUCGCAAGUACUAGCAAUCGAUGAUUUAGACUAUGAAUUAUUUCACAAAGAUAUUGAACGUGUUUUGUCUGAUGCUGAUUGCCAAUUCAUCCAAUUGGGCAAUAUUUAUCCGGGUGACAAUACCAUCCUUUUGUUUUCCAAGCUUGAUGACGAUGAUUUCAAGCCUUCUGCAGAAGAGUUGAGAGAAUCGUUAGAAAAAACCACAUCCGUUUUGGACGAGUUACGUUCUAGACAAGCCAGCUUAUCUACCGCAAUCAUUUCCUUAGAUGCAGAAUAUCAAGAUUCCUACCUAUCUAAAGAUUCUGCAACUUUAGCAUUGAUUAUGGAGGAAUUUUCCUCUGUGGGACGCGCCCAAAUUAAGUUGCAGACGCCAUCUAAAUCGGAGGUCAGCAUUAGAGGUGAUGAAAAGGCGGUUAAGAUAGCUGUAAAAUGUCUUGAAAGUAUCGCUGCCAACCCAAGCAACAACUAUAAGGUCUCUUUUACUGUUCCAACAAAUACGGUUUCUAGGACAAUUGGUUCUAGGGGCGCUAAUAUGUUACAGGUUCGGGAUAAAUUCGCUGUUCAAAUGGAUAUUCCACAAGGCUCUAAAGAUGACAACACGGAGGUCACAUUGACCGGGUUGCUAUACAAUUGUGAGCGUGCAAAGGCCCACAUUUUAGCAGAAGCCAAAAAAUGGGCUGAUCUUAUUACCAAGGAAUUAAUAGUUCCCGCCAAAUAUCAUAGGCAAUUGCUUGGUUCCCAAGGUGUUUACCGUACCCGUUUGGAAAACAAGUACAACGUACGUAUUCAGUUCAUUAGGGAGGCUGAAACUGUUAGUAUUAAGGGUCCAUCUCGCGGUGUGAAUAAAGCUUAUACCGAAUUGAAAGCCUUGUUAGAUUUUGAAAUCGAAAAUGGCCACAAAUCUAUCAUUAAAGUCCCAGUUGAUCACGUUCCAAGGGUUAUUGGUAAAAAUGGUGAUGUUAUUAAUGGCUUAAGGGCUGAAUAUGGUGUUGAACUUAAAUUCUUACAAGAUUCAAAAGAAGCUAGAGCUCAAGAACAGAGCAACGUGGAAUUAGAAGUGACUGGUUCAAGGCAAGCUAUUAAAGAAGCUACCAGUAAAAUUCAAAAUAUCAUAACUGAGGCUUCUGACUUUAUUACUGUGACCGUAGACAUUGAUCCAAAGUAUCAUAAGCUAAUUGUUGGUCCUGGAGGCAGCACUUUGAAGGAGAUGAUAUCAAAAGCAGGUGGUGAAGAAUUUAGAAAUAAGGUUGUUGAUGUUCCAAAUGUUGGUUCAAAUCAGAAAACCAUAAAUAUUUCUGGUCCAAAGGUAUUCGUUGACAAAAUCACAAAGUCAAUCAACCAUAUUGUGCAAGAUAUUGAAAAAGAUGUUACUAAAGAGUUGAAUAUUCCAAAAGAAAAACAAGGAGCCUUGAUUGGUGCCGGAGGAAUUGUGAGAAAACAACUAGAGAAACAGUUUAAUGUCCGGUUAGAAGUUCCAGACAAGGGCAAAGGAGGUAAGGUGGAACUCCAUGGAAGACCGGAGGCUAUUGCAUUGUGCGAGAAGGAGAUCUUUAAGAAUAUCAUCAGGGAUAUUUACGAUGCUGAAGUUGCAGUUCCUGCGAAAUACCAGGAGUUUGUAUCAGAUCGUGGUAAAUUCCUCAACAAAUUAAGAACCUCAUACUUUGUUAAUGUCAAAUACGGUAAUGAUACGAAGAAGGCACACAAUUUAUCCCAUGCAAAACAUGAGAUUCCAGUUGAAAGAGUAACCGGUGCAGCUGGAGAGUCCACUAAGUUCACUGUUGAGGAUCUCCCUCCUUCAGAGCGCUCUUUGGACGGCACAAUCAUAUGGAAAUUGAUCUAUGAACCUGUCGACUUGUCUGACAUUUUUGGGGACAAAAACCAAGUUAUGCAAAAGGAUGAAGCUUUAGAAGCUGUUCAAAAGCUGAUUAAAUCACGGAUCGAACUUGCUUCUUCUGUUUCUAAGAUUGGCUACGUGUGGUCUGAUAGUUCAAUGAAGUUCAACAAGAUUAUUGGCCCAGCUGGAUCCACUGUCAAGAAUAUCAGAGAGACAACGAACACAUUAAUAAACGUACCAAAAAAAUCUGAAGAAAAUAGUUCUAUCAUAUACAUAAUAGGAACCCAGGAAAACGUUGAAAAGGCAGGUAAGAUGAUUAUCGAUGCAUUAAAAAAAUAA